UGGCAGUCGCGCGCCCACAGUCAAAGUCAGCGGUUCAGCAUUCUAAUUUUGCGACGAAGUGCUCAAACAUACGUACCAUAAACGUCCAAUUUAUAUAUAUAUAUAUAUAUAUGUAUAUAUAACUGCUAAUAUUAAAUUAAAGACAAUUGUAGGUGGUGAUAAGGAGAGCAUUGCCAUGCCCGACCCGAAGUCCAUACGCAGACUGAGCCCUGAGCUCGCCAACAAGGCCCAGAAGGAGCUGGGAGAGGUGCCCGAACGGAUCGAAGAGGAUAUUGAAACUCUGCGCACUUGGAUCUCAAAGCAGCCGCAUCUGACGGCCCGCCAGGACUCCCAGUUCCUGGUCGCUUUCCUGCGCGGCUGUAAGUACAGCCUGGAGAAGACCAAGCUGAAGCUGGACAACUUCUAUGCCAUGCGUGGCGCCGUUCCUGAGCUCUACAAGAAUCGCUUUGUGGGAGAGAAGCAGCUGGGCAUACUCGAAACAGGCUGCCUUCUCCGCUUGCCCCAGCCACUGCAGCCUGAUGGACCCCGCAUUCAUAUCUCCCGUUACGGCCUAUACGACUCCAAGAAGUACUCCAUCGCAGAGGUUGUGCAGGUUAGCACCAUGAUGGGGGAGAUUCAGAUAAGAGAGGAUGACAACGCUAUGAUUUCUGGCUUUGUUGAGAUCAUCGACAUGAAGGGCGUUGGGGCAGGUCAUAUAUUCCAGUUCGAUGCAGUCCUGGUCAAGAAGCUGGCCGUUCUCGGCGACAAGGCACUGCCCUACAGGCCCAAGGGCUUCCACUUUGUUAAUGCCCCAGCCAGUACCGAGACAAUGAUGUCCAUUGCCAAGAGUCUGAUGAGUGAGAAGAUUCGAAAACGAUUUCACAUACACUCCAAGCUGGAGAGCCUCUACAAAUAUGUGCCCAAGGAAUGUCUGCCCGCCGAAUACGGUGGCAGCAAUGGAACCAUACAAGACGUGGUCACCACAUGGAGGGAAAAACUAUUGUCCUACCAGAAGUUCUUCGAGGAGGAGGCGUCGUACGGCACGAAUGAAAAGCUGAGGCGGGGUGAGGCAAUCAACGCCGAAUCGCUCUUUGGCAUUGAUGGAUCUUUUAGGAAACUUGACAUCGACUAGCCUAAGCACUUAGUAAAUAGUUAUUUAAUAAUGAAUUCUAAUGAAUACACAACAAAAGAAAAACACUCUAAAAAGGCA